CAACAAAAACCCAGCCAAGCCGACAGCCUUCCCUUGAAAAACUGGUAGGAAGCUCGAAAUUUCUCCUUCUUUCUUGUUCAAUCACAAGAUUUUGGGGCUUAGAACUCUCUCUAAACCCAAAAAUUUCUAGAUCUGUUCUGCUCUGCGUCUUCCUCCCUUGCUGUCCGCAAAUUUCUGGUGGGUGGGUGGCGAAAUUUUCAGGUUUUUGAUUUCCUGAUUUUUCCCCUGCACUGCCGCUGGCCUUCCCCCAAACUGCAGCUCUGGUUUUGGCUGCUAAAUUAUGGUUCGUGAGUGUUCUAUCACCGGAGUACUUGGCUUGCGUUUCGGAUUUGAGGUAAGUAAAUUUAUGAUAAUGCCUAUACAGUUUUUAAAAGCGUGUUUUUGACUUAUUUUUGAAGUGGUGACGGGACUAAACCUGUUUUAUACAAAAGUAAGUAUGAUUGAUUUGAAGUGAAAUUUUUAUGCUUUUCAUUAAAUUGAGCAUGCCUACUUGAAAUUUAAUUGAUUGUCUUGAUGAUUUGAAAGUGAUUGGUGAAUUAUGGUUUUUCUGUUAAUUUCUGCCUGUUUUGUCUUCGAUGUGGUCAUGUUAUUAGUGUGCUCGCUAGUGGGAGGUUUAUAAACGCUAGCACAUGUCGACAUGUUAUUGAUAGAACUGGUUCGUUCGAGUGACCCUGCUAGUGGGGGUUAUACACCAGCAAAUAAUGUAGCUUGCCAGUGGGAGGUUUAUAACACUGGCCAUGACCUAUAGAGGAGACGUCUAUUUCGUUUCCGUACUCGUACUAGUUUUUCAUGAUUAUACUGGUUGGCAUGCUAUAAGUUUAAUUAAGCGCUAUACAUAUUUACUUAUUGAGUUAUCUCAUAGUUUUUCCUUGUCCACCAUUUCAAGAAGCGAAGUCAAGGAUGGGGAAAAACGAGGGGAGUGACGAGUUAGAAGGCUAGCCAUCUUGUAAAUUGAAUAUAGAUUUUAGAUGUAGUCCAUGCUCUUGUAAGUUAGACUUUAUUUAGAGAUUUAUGAUAUCAAAGCAAAUUUUGUAAUUUUUAUCUUCAGAUUUUGUGGUAUCAGAGUAUGGUAUGAUAUGUUUCGAGCCUUGUGCAUUUGUGGGACUUUCUCACAAGUGUACGGUGUUUGUCAUGCCUUGGAUUUGGGUUCUGGGGCAUGACAUUGAUGUCAUGUAUUAUGAAAAGAAUUUUUUUGAUAACAUUAAAAAUAUUAUCAUGGAUGACUAAGAUUGUACGAAGGGUAACCCAAAUGCUAAAAUGGAUUUGCAUCUAUAUUGCAGUAGACUUGAAUUGGAAUUGAUCCCUUAAUAUGAUGGAAUAGCUUUAAAACCCAAUGCUACAUAUGCUCUUAUUUGAGAGCAACAAGCUCUUGUUUGCCAGUGGCUAAAGGAUUUGAAAUUCCCAGAUGAGUAUGCAUCUAACAUAGCACAUUGUGUGAAAAUGCAUGACUUUCAAUUGUCUGGAAUGAAAUGCCAUGACUAUCAUAUAUUCAUGCAGCGUCUCUUGCCAAUUGCUUUUUGUGAUCUCUUUAUAGAUGUGGUUUGGGGUCUUUUAACUGAUGUUAACAACUUUUUUUGAGCUUUAUGUGCUUUGAUUAUUUGAGUUAGUAACACGGAGAUGUGGGAGGAAAAAAUUGUCAAGAUCAUUUGCAAGUUAGAGAAAGUAUUUCCUCCAGCUUUCUUUAAUUCGAUGGAGCAUUUGACAAUCCAUCUAUCAUGUGAGGUAAAAGUUGGAGAACCUGUCCGAUUCCGUUGGAUGUACCCUUUUGAGAGGUAUAUUUCAUCU